AUGAAGGUUCUCUGUCUCCACGGAAAAGGGACCAGUGGCGCUAUCUUCCGCUCCCAGAUCUCCACGUUCCGCUCCAAACUCCCCAAUGACAUCCAAUUUGAUUUCAUCGAUGGCCCAUUUAAGAGUGACCCGGCGGCAGGCAUAGAUAUCUUCUACAGUCCGCCGUACUACUCCUUCUGGGAAAAUGAUAGCGUCGAAUCCGUCCGAGCCUCCUACAACUGGCUGACUGAGCACAUCGCCAAGAACGGCCCAUACGAUCUAGCGCUCAUGUUCUCGCAGGGCUGCGUGCUAGGCUCCAGUGCUCUCCUCUUCCACCAGGAAGAAACACCGCAUCUCCCGCCGCCGUUCAAAGCGGCGGUUUUUAUCUGCGGUGGCGCCUCGUUGAGCGUGCUGGAGGAGAUGGGCUUCCAUGUUUCGGCCGAGGCGCGCGAUCGGGAUCUUGCAUCCCGGGCUGCGCUGGCUCAACAGGCGGGCUCGUCGGCGCUCUUGGCUCAGGGUGCGGAUCGCUGGACUGGGCUUCAGACGGUAAACGGCGGGCUCUCGGAGGAUGAAGUGCGGAAGGAGAUUACUAGUCCCUACCGCAUUAAUAUUCCCACGGUGCAUAUUUACGGCUCGAAGGAUCCGCGCUGGGCGGCUGGUGUGCACCUUUCCGGUAUCUGCGAACCGACGAAACGUCGCACCUAUGAUCAUGGUGGUGGACAUGAAAUUCCUCGGACGGCUGCUGUGAGUAACUCGAUCGCGGAACUUUUCAAGUGGGCUGCUGCACAAAGUGAAAGUGGAAUUCAGUGA